UCCAACAUGGCGGCCUCCAUGGGUCGCUGGUUUCUCUUCCUUAUGCUGCUCAGCUUCCUCUGGGAGGCGUCCGGCGGCUUCGGCUGGGGGGCCUCCCUGGACGACGACUUGCUGCUGCCCUACUCCCGCGAGCGCGCGCGCUCCGCCCGGGACUGCGCGAGGGUGCGCGUCGGCAGCCGCGAGCACGAGAGCUGGCCGCCUUCCCCCGCGACCCCGGGCGCCCGCGGCCCCGCGGUGCGCACCUUCGUUUCGCAUUUCGCCGGCCGCGCCGUGAGCGGCCACCUGACGCGGGUCAGCGAGCCCCUGCGCACCUUCUCGGUGCUGGAGCCCGGUGGGCCCGGCGGCUGCGCGUCGAGGCGCCGCGCCACCGUGGAAGAGACGGCGCGGGCGGCCGGCUGCAGCGUCGCCCAGAACGGCGGCUUUUUCCGCAUGGACACCGGCGAGUGCCUGGGGAACGUGGUGAGCGACGGGCGGCCGGUGAGCAGCGCCGGCGGCAUACAGAACGCGCAGUUCGGGAUCCGCCGCGACGGCACCCUGGUCACCGGGUACCUGUCUGAGGAGGAGGUGCUGGACACUGAGAAUCCAUUUGUGCAGCUGCUGAGUGGGGUCGUGUGGCUGAUUCGAAAUGGAAGCAUCUACAUCAAUGAGAGCCAGGCAGCUGAGUGCGAUGAGACACAGGAGACAGGUCCCUUCAGCAAAUUUGUGAAUGUAAUAUCAGCCAGAACAGCUGUGGGCCAUGACCGAAAGGGGCAGCUGGUGCUCUUCCAUGCAGACGGACAGACAGAGCAGCGGGGCAUUAACCUGCAGGAGAUGGCGGAGUUCCUGCUGAAACAGGACGUGGUCAACGCCAUCAACCUGGAUGGAGGGGGCUCCGCUACCUUUGUGCUCAAUGGGACCUUGGCCAGUUACCCGUCAGAUCACUGCAAGGACAACAUGUGGCGCUGUCCCCGAAGUGUGUCCACUGUGGUGUGUGUGCAUAAGCCCCACUGCCAGCCACCUGACUGCAACGGCCACGGGACCUGUGUGGAGGGGCGCUGCCAGUGCAUGGGGCACUUCUGGCGGGGCACCGGCUGUGACAGGCUGGACUGUGGCCCCUCCAACUGCAGCCAGCAGGGGCUGUGCACAGAGACUGGCUGCCGCUGCGAAGCUGGAUGGACAGGGUCCAACUGCAGUGAAGCUUGCAGCAAUGGCUCCUUCGGGGAGGACUGUGCCAAGGAGUGCCAGUGCCAGAACGGAGCUACGUGUGACCCAGUUCGGGGGACCUGCACCUGUCCCCCUGGCUUCACUGGAGACAGCUGCGUUCAGGAGUGUCCCCUUGGCUGGCAUGGGCCAGGCUGCCAGAGCCCUUGUGAGUGUGAGCACCAGUGUCCCUGUGACCCCCAGACCGGCAACUGCAACCUCACCCUGGUGCCCACCCUAAGCAGCAUUCUCUCCCAAGUGAAGCAGUGUGUCCAGCCACCCCAGGUCACCCUGAAGACAGCAGAACUCUCCCUUCUCACUGGGACCACCUGGCUGGCCCUCACCCUGGUCCUGGUUUUCCUUCUGCUGAUCAGCACGGUGGCAAAUGUGUCCUUGCUCCUCAGCUGCAGAGCAGAGCGGAGCCGACACCUGGAUGGGUCCUAUGUCUACCAUCCACUGCAAGAGAUGAAUGGGGAGCUCUCAGCUGCCGAGAAGGAGCAGCCGGGUGACGCCCACAACCCCUUCAAGGACUGAAACCUCAGCUGCCCACCACGGCCUGUUCCGGAGGCUCCUUUCAAUGUCGUUCGGCUUCUGCAGGGCAAAGUCCAAGGCCACUGACUCUGGGUGGUCUCAGCCCCAGUGCCAGCCAAGCUUCUGAUUGCACCUGUGCCUCAGCCCCGCACCUGGCCUUCGGCCCACACCUGGAUGUCUGCCAUGGCGCGAGCACCUGAGCAGUAGUGUCCCAGAGAGACUGCCUCCUUCCCGCCUGCCUGUGCCUGUGCCUGCUGCCUGAGGCCUGUCGCCUGUCGCCCAAGGGCCUCUGCCAAAGAGCCUCCAGCCUCCUGGGGCAGGGCCACUCGUGAACGCAACUCACCAUGACCACCAUGUGACCAAGUGGCAGGGUCCAGCCACCCCAUUGGACUGGUGUGGAUUAAGGAGAAUGGCCACAUCACGGGACCUUUUUCUAUAGACUUUGCACCACCAUUGCCGGCUAGAAUUCAAUUUUCUAUCACAGGAAACUCCUUAGAAGGGAUAGGGGAUGAAAUGUUUACAGACUUUCUAUUUUGUCGUCCUACUGCCAAGAGGGUUUUUCUACCACUUGAAUAAAUUGGUAUAAUUAAAGGAGCCCCUAGCA